CUGGCUCCAGCCCCAGAAGCACCCAGUGCUUUAGCAAGGCUGCACUCACACCAGGCUUGCUUUUCCUGUGGUUCUCCUCCUGACAGGAGUUACUUGGCAGUUAAUUAUGGUCAGAUUUUUGGGUGGUCCUGUGAGGAGUUGGACUCAACAAUCCUUAUUGGUCCCUUCCAACUCAGGAUAUAUUCUAUCAUUCUAUGAAUUAGUCUCCUAGCAAUAAAUAAUCAAAUAAAAACUUCUUUUUCCCAUUAGCUCACGAGUUGUAAGCACGAGACUACUGUAAUGCUGAAGAUGAGUUCUCACACCAUGAGCUAAACCUUAAUUUGAUGGAAAAGCUAAUUUGUGAAGCCACGCUUGGGCGCACAAACGUCUGUACAAAGCGAGCUCUGGCCAGCAACAGGUGCUUUUUACAGAGCAGCGUGGAGCUGCAGUCAGAAGCCGAGAGUGCCGUGUUCCUACGGGUCUCAGCAGCGCCGCUCUCCCACGACGCACAGCCCCGUACCACCAGGCAACAUGGCGGAUGAGGGCCGGCCUCUCACUGCGUGCUCUCGGAAGUGACGUCACUCGUCAGCUAGACGGUACUGAUGGGCGGGGCCUCGGGCGGAAGUGACGCGAUAGUGGUGCGACUGGGCCGGUUCCCGCCGACGGCUACUCUGUGGCGGUGCGAGAUGGCGGUUCCCGGGGCCCCCGUUACUGUCACCGUCACGUACAGUAAUGAAAAACACAAUAUUCAGGUUGCUUCUCAACAGGAAGAUGGUGAGCCUACGCUACAAGACAUGGCUGUGCUUAUAGAACAAGUCACUGGUGUUCCAGUUUCUUUUCAGAAACUUAUAUACAAAGGGAAAUCUCUGAAAGAAUUGGAACAGCCAUUGUCAGCACUUGGUGUUAAAAAUGGUUGCAAAGUCAUGUUGAUUGGGAAAAGGAAUAGUCCAGAAGAAGAAGCUGAAUUAAAGAAGUUAAAAGAUCUGGAGAAGUCAGUGGAGCAAAUAGCUAAUAAGUUAGAGGAAAUUAAUAAAGAGUUCACAAGUAUCCAGAAGGGUUUUUUAGCAAAGGAUCUGCAAGCAGAAGCUCUAAAACAGCUGGACAAGAGGAUAAAAGGAACUGCAGAGCAGUUCAUGAAGAUCCUGGAACAGGUUGAUGCCAUUAAUCUGCCAGAGAACUUCAAUGACUGCAGACUGAAAAAGAAGGGAUUGGUGAAAAGGGUCCAGGCUUUUCUUGCCCAGUGUGAUACUGUUGAAGGAAAUAUUGGACAAGAAAUGGACAAGCUACAGUCAAAGAAUUUGGCACUGGUAGAAUGAGGCAUUACCCUUCAUAAUUAGGAAACAUAAUUGCUCUAUGAGCAAGAAAAAAGUUUGCUCUUUGUUUUGGAGCACAUAUUCAGCUUUUUUUGUUUUUUUAAAGCCCAGUCUUUUAGACUGGUAGUAGUCAAUUAUUUCUUGCUGGUUGUCUUGUUUGCCACUUGGUUAGGCCUACUGUUUUGAAAAGAAUAUCCUUCCUGAAGAAUUGCAGAAAUAAUCUUUGUGGUGAAUUAUGUAUCUUAUGGACAAUUGUUUAGUUAACUAUGUAACAGAGUUUGCAAUGAUGGGCAAUAUUUUCUGAUAUGUUUUUGAAUUUAUUUACAACUUAAAUGAAAGAAGGUCUAUAACCAUACAAGUGCCAUAUGUUGCAAUUUUAGGACUUCAACUUGAUUGAAAAAACACUGAGACAAUAUCUGGGAAAAUUCAACAUUGUAGUAGACGGUUCAGAGCAAUAAGAAAAACCCUACACAUUUAUAUUACUUAAUGUUUGUAUGCAUUUAUAAAUAUAAGGAAGCUUGACUAUAAGGGAGUCGUACCUAUUUUAGCCUUAAAUUGUCAUAAUAAAUGGAAUGUACUGUAA